AUGAUAAAGGAAACAGUAAAAGAUAAAAUUAUGGAGAUGUCUGGCGAUUACAACAGAUCGGAGGUCUCCUUUCUCUUAGACUACAAUCUAGACGGGGGUAAGGAGUUAAGAUAUAAGGCAUAUAUCCAUGUUCUGAAAGAGUUGGGUGGAGAUCUAAAUGAAAGAAACCUUAUCAUGGGAUAUUCUGUGGAGUUACUACAAGCAGCGCUGCUGAUAAUUGACGAUCUAAUGGACAAUUCGGAAUUAAGAAGAGGAAAGCCAUGCUACUACUUCAAGAGAGGAGCCAAAACACUUAAAGAUGCUUUUUUUUUAUUGGCAAUUAUAAGAAACCUACUAGAUGAAAAAGCAAAGAAUGCUUAUUCAAGCUCAAUAUUCAAAACCUGUCUUGGGCAAACGCAUGAUACAAUCAGAAAGACAAGAUCGGAGUAUAGUGUCAAAACAUACACAGCUAUAGCAGAGAGUAAAACAGGGGCAUAUACUUUCUACCUCCCGGCAAUCCUUGGAUAUGUAUCUGCUGGAAAAGAAGAGCCCAAACGUCUUUGGAACUUUUGCAAUCUUGGAGCUUUGAUCUUCCAGAUGCAGGAUGAUUAUUUGAAUUUUUUUCCAGAGAAGUCUGGAAAGUCGAUGAAUGACCUUGAAGAGAUGAAGUGUACCUGGUUUACUUCAAGAAUAUCGCAUAUGAAAGACCCCGCUGUCGAAAGGUACUUCUCCGAAGGCUUAGUAACACCUGAUCUACUUAGUAUAAUUAGAGGGCUUUUUAGAGAAUAUUCCUCUAAUCUCGACGAGUUGUUAAGCAGGCUUCUUUCUACAGUCGAUGAGGAUGAAAAGGCAGUGCUGAGUGUUUUCAUUUCCUUUCUUGAAUCAAGGAAAGACUUUUGA